GACAGCUCCACCCAUCACAUUCGCGCAUGCAUUUGUUUACCGCGAACCGCGCUUGUUUUGGUGAAGAGAAAAGGUUGCAGGUGCAACAGAACCGCAUGCAAAAGUUUGUAAAAGUUGUGUAAUGUUGCGAAUAGUUAAAAUACUUAGUUCGCCGGCCACGGUUCCGCUAAAAUGGAGCCCAUCGCUCGGCAACUUUCGGGCCCGGUUCGGUACAUUCUCACCGCGUGAAUUUCAGUACGAAACAUCGGAUGGCGAAAGUGGCACCCUGAUGCACCGGUUUUCCCGGCACGUGUCCCUCACGAAGCGUGAUUUCACCGACAAGACCAAGUACGGCUUUAAGGUGUGCAACUUCUAUCCCCUGCCGGACGUGAACAGCUAUGGGCAGCAGAUACGGGACCUUGGGACAGCCGAUUUGGCGAAGCUCAUUACCUUUACGACGGAUUUUCGCAGCAAAACCGAUUUCCGCUCGUACACGGAGAUUGUGAAUGCGCUGGACGAGGAGUGUGUACGCCGUGUGCCGAAUGCCACUACGUACGAACUGUUGGAAAUGUUGCACUGUUUCAUGUACCUGUUGCCGAACAAAAUCGCCCAACUGAAGUCGUACCAAACGGCCAUACCGAAGCUAAUACAGCUGUUCGGGGGGGAGUCGGAAAAUGAGCGUGAUUUCCUGUCGAUCGUAUUCUUUCUCGGUUUGUGGAAGCGCAACAAAACGGGCACGAUACUGAUGAAGGAAUUUCUUCAGCAAUACCUGGACCGGUACCUUACGCCGGAUCUGACGCGGAUGGAUUUCAUCAUACUGGCAAACGCGACGUACAAAACGAGCAUACGAUUGGUGGAUGCAUCAGAGGCGUUCAAAAAUAGGUUAACGCAAGAGAUCGUUGAAUUCCACAACGAAGACGAUUCAGCACUGCUGGUUACGUUGAUUAAAUGUGCCCGAAUGAAUCGGCUUGCGUCCGGUGAGAUAAUGGAUAAAAUUCACUCGUACACCGAAUCGAACAUUACGCACAAGGAGCUCGACUUUCGUGGCCUUUCGCAUCUUUUCGCGUACGUAGCGGACAAUCGGGUAAAGGAUGACGCCCUGACGGACCUUUUCGUCGAAGGAUGCUGGACUCGAUUCGAGACGGAAGUUCGUACGCACGGAUUCGAAACGCAAUCACAAUCCUGCAGGCCAAAGGAUAUUGCAACCUUCCUGUGGAGCUGUGCCACACUAGGCGUAACGAUGGAACGAUACAACGACAUCAAUCUGAACAUGCUUGAGAAAGCAAUCCGGCUGAAAGUAGACGCCGGUGAGUACCGGUACAUCUCGGACGUGCUUGUCGAUACGAUCCUUUCGCUGUGGAUUUGUGAUCGUAAGUCGAUUGGGCUGUUUCGGCUACUGUUCAAAGAUCGCGCACUGGUGCAGAACCUUCGCAAGGAGCGUGCGAAGCUCGAAUCGAGAAAGGAUCUUCUGCUCACCUGUGCAGAGAUAGACCUGCCGGAUGCGAUGGAUUUGAUGAAAUCGAUCAGAAAACCGACCGGAGAUGCGUUUGCACUCAAUCGUCCUGCACAAGAGUUUUUGCAGCGACAAGGCCUAAAAAAAGUAGCCGAAUGCUUGCAGCGGUUGAAGGAUUCAAAGGAGAUGCCCAUAUCAAGCGUGAGCAUUAAUCUACCGGUGAAGCAUUUGAACAUUGCUAGUAUUUUAGUGAAAAUGAGUACGGGUGGUGAAAAGAAUUUGGACGUUCUGGACGAGAAGCACUGUCUGAGCGAUGGGGAAUCGCCCGUAGGACUUAUGAAACUAAAAACACGAAUACUGAAAGAUAAAUCGGUCGACCAUGCAGUGGUCAACAUCUGUAGGUUUGAUACGCCGGAUUCAUUGCAGGAGGAAUUGAAGCGCAUUUUGCUGGAGCCAAAGCAGUAAAACAAUUGAAGGUAGUGCAUACUAUUAGAGCAAUAAAGCUUCUUAAA